CGCGCGUCCUUGGUUUUGGGUUGUACCUGUUGCUCUCGUGACUGACAAAAAGAUCCAUUCACGGGUGCCUGAGCUCGCUGUUUUUGCUUCCGGUCUCUCCGCCCUCUAAAGCUCAAAGCUGACCAAAGCUCAGAAAAGAUCAUCGUCCCUUGAUUGAUUGACCAUGUCGACCGACCCUACAUCAGCAACGGCCUCUGGUAUCACCAUUCAAGGCACCAAGGUGCAUUUGCACACAUGGAAUGGAGGAGCCAAAGAAGCCCAAGGCUUGGUCUUAAUCUUUCAUGGUUUUGCCGCCCACGGAAUGUACCCCACGGUCAAGUACGCGGCGGAAUUGUUGUCUCAGUCCAACUAUGUGGUGGUGGCUCCAGAUCUCCCGGGUCAUGGUCAAUCGGAUGGACUUCGAGGGUACAUUCCCAGUGCCCAAGGUCUGAUUGACAUUGGAGUGGAAAUUGCCAACCACGUCCAAAAAGAGCACUUGGAAAAGACCAAAUCCAAGAAAUUGUUUUUCGUGGGUUCUUCCAUGGGUGGCACCAUUUCCUUGGCCGUGGCGCAAAAAAUAGUGACGACAUCGGACGCGGCAGUGACAGGAGUGGUCCUCUUGGCACCCAUGCUCAUGCUCAGUGUGAGUACUCCCGAACGAUACUUGCUCUCCUGUUUGGCAGUGUUACCCGGUGUGGGAACCUUGGCCGUCAUUCCCAGCAAUUCCACCGACUCGGCAACGUCUUAUCGCGACCCCGAAAAACGAAAAGAAUGCGACGACGAUGCCUUUAGCAUUAGUGGGAAAAUGAGGGUUGGUUCGGCAUCCAGUUGCGUUCAAAUGGCCGCACAUGUUCAAGCACAAUUCACAAACAUCCAAAUCCCAUUCCUGGUCCUGGUGGGAGAUGAAGAUGUCGUCGUCAAAAAUGAAGGAGCCGUCCAGCUCAUGGAACAAGCGCCCGCCAAGGAUAAAACCAUGAAACGGUAUCCGGCAUUGCAUGGACUCUUGUGUGAACCCAAACCAUUGGUGGAUCAGAUUCAGGGGGAUAUCCUGCAGUGGAUGAAGGAACACAGUUAAAGAACUAACUAAAAGGAUGGCCAUACAAUCAUUCGAAUGGCUUCAUUAGAUGCAUGUUCUGACCGGAAAGCACGAAGUGUGGCGAAGAAAUGUUCAAAGCAGGUCAAUUUGG